AUGGGUCGGAAGAGCGCCAUCACCGCCAGUGUAUCUGGGGCCCUUUUUAUCAGGUACUGCAUCUACUUCGACCACAAAAGACGAAGUGACCCCAACUUCAAGAACAGGCUUCGAGAACGAAGAAAGAAACAGAAGCUUCCCAAGGAGAGAGCUGGGUUUUCCAAGUUACCUGAACUUAAAGAUGCUGAAGCUGUUCAGAAAUUCUUCCUUGAAGAAACACAGCUUGGUGAAGAGUUACUAGCUCAAGGUAAAUAUGAGAAGGGUGUAGACCAUCUGACAAAUGCAAUUGCUGAGUGUGGACAGCCACAGCAGUUACUGCAGGUCUUACAGCAAACUCUUCCACCACCAGUGUUCCAGAUGCUUCUGACUAAGCUCCCAACAAUUAGAGAAUUGUAAGUGCUUAGAGCUUGGCUGAAGAUGAUGUGGAAUGAGAAACAAAUGUCGACAUAAUAAAA